UGUGCACUAUAUUUUUCGAAGGUUCCAAAAAGUUUUUCUUUUGAUUUUAUCUUAUUGUCUAAAUUAUUGUUGGAAAUCAUUUUCUUUUUUUAUUUAAAAAAAAUUUCAUCUUUUCAACAAAAAAGAUGUCAGAAAGUUCGAUCGAUAGUAAAGCUCGAAUUGCACAAUUACGUGCACAAAUUCAAGCUCGUUUUUCCAAUUCAUUGGGAGCGAUUCAAUCAACUGAUAAUAAUGGAAAUAAUGAUCGAACAGCUCAUCUUACUCAUAAAGGAACAGUACGACCAACACCGUUAAUUUUGAAUGCUGAAGGUCGAACCGUUGAUCAAACUGGCAAAGAAGUACAAUUGAUUCAACGAAUGCCCACUUUGAAAGCGAAUAUACGAGCACAAAAAAAAGAACAAUUUAUCAAAUUGAAUCAUGAAAAACAAUCAGGUCAAGCAAAUGCUGAACAAAAAUUUAUCGAUACACGAUUAGAAAGUAAAGCGCCUGUUCGAAUACGAAAAACAUUCCGUUUUCAUGAUAAAGGAACAUUCGAAUCGAUUGGUAAUAAAAUUCGAACCAAAGCUCAAUUGGAACUAUUGCAAAGGGAUAUUGCUCAAAAAGCUAAACGAACUGGUAUCAGUGCAGCUGCACGUUUAGCUUUGCUUAGUUCGAUUGUUCCGAAAAAACAAGCAAAAGAUGAUGAAAUUCCUGUUGUGGAAUGGUGGGACAGUUUUAUCAUGAAAGAUAAUAGCUACGAUGAAUGCAUCAAAAACACAAAACCAUUUCAAGAAAAAUAUGAUGGAAUUACACAGCUUAUUGAACAUCCUAUUCAGAUGAAACCACCGCAUGAAACAUCAAAACCACAAUUUUUACCCGUAUUUUUGACGAAAAAAGAACAGAAAAAACUUCGUCGGCAAAAUCGUCGAGAAGCAUGGAAAGAAAAACAGGAUAAAAUUCGUUUAGGUUUGGAACCACCACCCGAACCAAAACUAAAAAUAUCCAAUAUGAUGAGAGUACUUGGCCAACAAGUUGUUCAGGAUCCAACCAAAAUGGAAGCUCAUGUUCGUGAACAAAUGAUGCGACGGCAAAAAGCACACGAAGAAGCUAAUGCAGCACGACGAUUAACCGGAGAACAGAAAAAACAGAAAAAAAUACGUAAAAUCAAAGAAGAUACAAAUACUGGCGUAAAUGUUGCUGUUUAUAGAAUUUUGGAUCUAAAUAAUCCGGCUAAAAAAUUUAAAGUUGAAGCAAAUAUCAAACAAUUAUUAAUGACUGGUGUGGUUGUUAUCUAUAAAAAUAUUAACGUUGUUGUUGUUGAAGGUGGUCCUAAACAGCAGAAAAAAUUCAAACGUCUUAUGUUACAUCGUAUAAAAUGGUCAGAUGAUUUGGUUGCACACGGUGAUUUAAAUGAACAUGAUUCCAGCAGUAACGGUAACGUAGAAAAAAAAUGUGAAAAUAAAUGUCUAUUGGUUUGGGAAGGUUUGGUUAAAAAUCGUUCAUUUGGUGAAGUAAAAUUUAAAAAUAGUCCAAAUGAAAGUUUUGCUAGAGAAAUAUUUAAAAAUCAUGGCGUCGAACAUUAUUGGGAUCUAGCAUAUAGUAUGUCUAUAUUAGAUUCGGCUGAAGCAUGAUACACCAUCAUUCAUUAGAAAAAUAUUACAAAAAAACAACAACAACAAAAUUUCAUA